AUGCGAAUCACGUUAUAUUCCAGAAAUCCUAAGAAUAAAACAUUUUUUUAGUUAUUUUGAUGUGUUGACUCACACACAGAGAAAGUAAAACUAAAAUGCUGACGCAGCUAACGUAGGCAACAACAAAACAAUAUAAAUUGCAAUCUUUUACCUGUUUGUCUCAUUUGUUUGUCCCAUUGGUUUGUACAGUGGACACGACAUCAGCUACGUCAGAGUUUUUUGUUUAAAAUUGUUUAUUUCUCGCGGGAAAUAAAAAAUGAGAAUAGUGAAAACGGACAAAUAUGGAGACAAAAGCUAACCCAUAUCCCAUGUUCCUAUGUCAACUCCUUGCCUUGCUUCCGUUGUCGAAGGCUGAUAAGGCUGAUAGUUCAUGGUGAUAAAGCUGUGUGAAAAGCCUUGAAUGUGACAAUGUCAAUUUUUUAUCGAACGGAAGAAAUCGUGUUCUUUCGAAGUAAAACUUGUUAAAGUUACUAAAAAUGAGUUGGUCUUGGUUGGGAUCAGAUGAUGAGGAUGAAACAGUUGAAAUUGGUGAUGAUGCUACUUCUGCGGGAUCGCAUGGUAGUCGUGACGGCUUAAUAUUUCUUGUUGAUUUUUCAAAGUCAAUGUUUGAUACCCUAGAGGAGGCAACUCCUUUUCAGUUGGUUAUGAAGUGUGCAGUAUCAACAAUGAAGAAUCAGAUUAUUGCCAAUGAGAAAGAUCUGUUUGGAAUUGUUUUCUUUGGCACAGAGAAGCAUCACAAUCCUGGCAAUUUCCAAAACAUAUACAUCUUUCAGAAUCUAGACAUGUUGGAUGGACAAAGAGUAUUGGAAGUCGAAGAACUCUAUGAAGAUAUUGAACAUUCAACUGGAAAGUUUGGUCACAGUUCUGGCUUUUCUCUAAACGAUGUCUUUUGGAUUUGUUCCGACAUGUUUUCCCUCAGUCCGCAGAAGAUCUCUACGAAACGUAUUUUAUUGUUUACCAACAAUGACGACCCGCACAAAGAUUACCCAUCGUUACAGAGGCAAGCGAAAACAAAAGCAAAGGACUUAUUCAACGUUGGAAUCGAUAUUGAGCUCAUUCCAAUCAAGCCUAGUGUCGGGGAAUUCGACGCCAAUCUUUUUUAUGAGGAUAUUGUUGCUGAAAUUGACGAAGACGAAAAAGCGACAAUGCCAGAUCCUGCAGAGAAAUUUGAAGAACUUUUGAUGAGAACCCGAACGAAACAAUAUCGAAAGAGGCCAGUAGCAAGAUUACCAUGGAAUCUUGGAGAGGGAAUUAGUUUAGGUGUUUCUGUGUAUAGUCUGUGUCGUACGGCUGUAAAAAGUUCACAUGUCAAUAUUGACAGCAGGUCAAAUGAAGAAGUUAAAACUGUAUCCAAAUUGAUUUGCGAGACGACCGGUGUGGAGCUCUUACCCUCGGAUUUGAAAUAUUAUCAAAUGUUCGGUGGAAAGAAGAUCGUGUUUGAGAAGGAAGAAGUUGAUGCUAUGAAGUCAUUUGAAAAUCGAGGCUUAACGUUGUUGGGAUUUAAGAAAAGAAGUUUGUUGAAGCAUUAUCAUCACAUACGACCAUCACUGUUCAUUUACCCUGACGAAAAGUCUGUGACAGGCAGCAAUUGUCUUUUUACUGCCUUAUUAAAAAAGUGUUCUGCGAAAGACUUAGUCGCUAUUUGUCGCUUUGUCCAACGACAAGCCGCAUCUGUCAGAUUGUGUGCUCUCUUACCUCAGGAGGAAGAAAAGAACGAGAAAAACUUGCAAAUCACUCCACCGGGUUUUCAUCUUAUCUAUCUUCCGUUUGCUGAAGAUCUAAGGAAGUUGACGUACAAAGAGUUUCCACGAGUGAAAGAUGAGCAAGUGGAAAAAGCUAAAGAAAUUGUGAAGGCUCUCACCGUAAACUUUGAUCCUAUGGCGAUAGAAAAUCCUUCAUUGCAGAAACAUUAUCGUAGUCUAGAAGCUUUGGCGUUGGAUAAAGAAACCGCUGAAGAAUUCAAAGAUUGUUCAGAACCCGAUAAAACACAGAUGGACGCUAGACUUGGUAAUCUGGCUACAGAAUUUAAAGAUCUUGUCUUUCCUGACGGUUAUAACCCUGAUGGCAAUACCUCUAAAACAAAGGCAACUAGUGCGUCCAGUUCAUCUGCAAAACGAGCAAAGAAUGAGGAAGCAGUCGAUGUUAAAGAGUUGGCAAGAACAGGAAAGUUGCAAAAACUCACUGUUCCUGUCCUGAAAGACUUUGUAAAAUGCAACAACAUCAAAUGUCGUGGAAGUAAGAAAUGUGAUCUUGUAGAAGCUGUAAAUGAUCAUUUCUCGAAUAUGUCAGAAACCGAUGGAGUAUUUCGUUUGGUUCGUUCAACCACUGCAUCAGCCGCAUUCGUUGAAAUAUCACUAAUUAAGUCGUUAAAGACCAAAGUUAGGAUUAUUUUUUACCGGAAAGGAAAUCUUAUCUUUGAAAAAUCGAAGAAAAAUGUGUAAUGUAAUCCAUUUUUAACAUUUUUCGAGUGAAUAAAACUGAUCCUGAUAA